CUUCAUAGCCCGAUGUAUUUUUUCCUCUUUAAUUUGUCUAUACUGGAGAUUGGAUUCACAUUCUCCAUCAUUCCAGCCACACUAUCCAACCUUCUAUCAACAACAAAAACAAUUUCAUUUUAUGGCUGGCUAAUUCAGUGCUACUUUUAUUUUUUUCUUGGAGUGGCAGAGUUUCUCCUCUUGGCUGUUAUGUCCUUUGAUCGCUACAUAGCAAUAUGCAAUCCUUUACACUACCAUUCUGUUAUGAACGUCAGAGUCUGUAUUUACCUUGUCCUUUCUUGCUGGCUUACAGGAUAUUUCUUUAUGAUGUGGCCUGUGGCUGCUAUAGCCAACUUGCCAUUCUGCAGAUCUAAUAUCAUUGAUCAUUUUUUUUGUGACAUUGAACCUCUUCUUGCUCUUGCUUGUUCCAACACACACUACACUGAGCUUUUGGAUUUCUCAAUAGCUAUCAUUGUCCUUUUGGGAUUGUUGACAAUAACGGCUGUAUCCUAUAUUUAUAUCAUCACCACAGUGCUAAAAAUCCCAUCCACCACUGGAAGACAGAAGGCCUUCUCCACUUGUAGUGCCCACAUCAUAGUGGCUUCCUUAUAUUAUGGAAGCGCAAUAUUUAUGUAUCUGAGGCCAUCAAAUUCACCAUCUCUAGAUCUCAAGAAAGUUGUGAGCAUCUUAACAGCGGUAAUAACUCCAACGCUCAAUCCUUUCAUUUACACACUGAGAAACAAAAAAGUGAAAGAGGCCGUCAGAGACUUAAUAAGACAAAGAUAA